AUGCAUGAUUAUGUCAUGAUUUACCUGUUGUCAAGUUUCUCAUAUGGUCAGGUCAGGCCUCGGAAGUAUUGGGUGGAGAGAGUUGUGCCAAAACUUCCACAGCAUAUGCUUUUUCUUCAGAGUAAAGAAACGAAGGCCUGGAGAAAUUGGAGGGAGGAUACAGUUGAAAACAUCAUAGAUCCGGUGUUGACGAGAAGUUCAUGGAAUCGAAGUGAUGAGAUCCAUCCACAUAAGUUGACUGAGUCUGACCAAUCCAAAACCCUCUCUGUCUAUGCAUCAAAAUCUGAGACUUGA